GGCGCGGGUGGGCGGCGGCAGCGACAGCGGCAGCGGCAGCGGCAGCAGCUUGGGCGCCUGGCGGGGCUGGGCAGGGGACGGCGUGUCCCCGUGUGUCCCCGCACGGCCCGGGAGCCGGCACGCAGGCGGGGCAGUGGCCGCCGCUAGUACAAGAAGUCAAGAAACUACAAUUUCGAUAUUCUAAUCUUAAUUAAAAUUAUUUUUGGCACUGGGAGGCUGAAUAUUAUCCUUCUGUCAUCAUAUAUCAGAACUGUGAAAGGCUUUGUAAAACUGUUGCCCGACAGAUGAACAUGGAGACACAGCUAGAUCCCAUGAAGGAUGACUUGCCUUUAAUGGCAAACACUAGCUACAUGCUUGUAAAGCACUAUGUAUUGGACUUGGAUGUGGAUUUUAAAAGUAAAGUUAUUGAAGGCAGCAUAGUUUUGUUCCUUGAGACUGGGGGCCAGUACAUGAGGACCAGCAAUGCUGGCAAAGAAUGCUGCCAGUCGCAGUUUGAUGAAACUUGUAAAAUGGGGGCAUCUGAACCCUGCCACAUUCCUAUGAUAAAUGUGAGUACCUGUUCAUCUAAAACAGACUAUAAUGACUUUGCUGUCAGUCGUAAAGAAGAGGAAACUACUUCUGAUGAAAAUAGUAACCAUAGCAACAACGAACAGGUUUCUGGGAUUUCUAGUUCAGAGGACUGCUGUGACAUAGAGAAUCAUGGAAACAAGGAUUUUCUGCUGGUAUUGGAUUGCUGUGAUUUAUCUGUGCUGAAGAUUGAAGAGGUAGAUGUUGCUGCUGUGUCAGGCAUUGAAAAAUUUACAAAGUCUGCCAAGCCAACUGGUGUUUCAAAGGAGCUGGAAAAUUUCAGGAAUCGGAUUGUACAUGAACUUGUGACUUUACCUGCAGAUCACUGGAAGGAACAGCUAUCCUAUUUUACUCACUGUAGCCAGGCACCUGGCUGUGGGGAGCUUCUGUUUAGUACUGGCACCUGGAGCUUGGAGAUAAGGAAAUUAGGAAUUCAGACUCCAGCAGACUUUCCUCAUGCAAUAAGAAUAUGGUACAAAACCAAACCAGAGGGAACGUCUGUUACAUGGACUACAGACCAAAGUGGCAGGCCAUGUGUUUAUACAAUGGGAUCACCAAUAAACAACAGAGCCCUCUUUCCAUGCCAAGAACCACCCAUUGCCUUGUCAACAUGGCAAGCCUCAGUCCGAACAGCUGCAGGCUUUGUUGUGUUAAUGAGUGGUGAAAACUCAGCAGAACCAGUCCAGCUUCGAGAAGGUGUCUUGAGCUGGUACUACUAUGUGUCUAUGCCAAUGCCAGCAUCCACCUUCACCAUUGCUGUGGGGUGCUGGCAGGAAGUUAAACAGCAGUCCUUCAAACAAACAACUGCUAUUGAAACAAACACUGAGUUUUCCUUGCCAUCACCACAAACUGAUUUCAGAUGGCGUGAAGAAAUCUGUGGUCAUGUGGAAUAUCCCUGCCGUUUCCAAAAUCCUGCUGCCAGGUUGCAGGCAGUCAUUCCUUAUAGAGUCUUUGCUCCCUGGUGCCUUAUGGAAAGCUGCGAAGAAUAUUUGCUUCAGCUGAUUCCUCAGUGUCUCUCAGCUGCUUAUGCCACACUGGGUACCCAUCCCUUUUCCAGGCUUGAUGUUCUGAUAGUUCCUUCCAACUUUUCCAGCCUGGGAAUGGCUAGCCCUCACAUCAUCUUUCUGUCACAAAGUGUACUGCCAGGAGGAAGACAUCUCUGUGGAACACGUCUGUGCCACGAAAUUGCUCAUGCUUGGUUCGGACUGGCCAUUGGUGCUCGUGAUUGGACAGAAGAGUGGAUAAGUGAAGGGUUUGCCACUUUUUUAGAAGAUAUAUUUUGGGCUAGGGCACAACAGCAGCUGUCACAUGAUGAAAUAAAGGGGCAACAGGAACUGAAGGCUUUACUUCGCUGGCGACGACUCAGAGAUGAGGUGCAAAACUCUGAAGAAGAGCUUCAAGUUCUAAGGCCCAAAAAGGAGAACACAGGAGAAUUCAGUGAGUCUGGAGCCUCGGUUGUCAAAUAUGGUCUUAAAGCAGAAAAAAUCUUCAUGCAGGUUCACUAUUUGAAGGGUUAUUUUCUUUUACGGUCUCUGGCAAGGACAAUAGGAGAGGUCUCAUACCUUGCAUCUUUACGGAAAUUUGUCAAUAAGUUCCAUGGGCAGCUCAUCCUUUCUCAGGAUUUUCUUAGCAUGCUGUUAGAAGACUUUCCUAAACAAAAAGGGUCGGAGUUAACUGUAGAAAAUAUCUUCCAGAACUGGCUGGAUACUUCUGGAAUACCAAAGCCCCUGCUGGAGGAGAGAGAGACGUGGAAGGAGUGUCAGCUCGUCCAGCAAGUGUGCGGCGAGGUCACAAAAUGGAUUCAGACAAACCGGAGGAUCAGAAAAAGCAGCAAAAAGAAAAUGAAGCGGGAUGAAGUUGUUUUCCAGCAGCUUCUCCCUGACCAGCUGGUCUUACUUCUGGAGUCCCUCUUGGAGGAGAAGACACUGUGUCCUAGAGUAUUGCAAUACUUGGAGAGAACAUACCAGCUCCGGGAACAAGAUGCUGAGGUUCGUCAUCGGUGGUGUGAACUUGUCAUUAAACACAAAUAUGAGCCUGGGUAUAGAGACAUUGAGAGAUUCCUCAGAGAGGAUCAGGCUAUGGGUGUGUAUCUCUAUGGUGAAUUAAUGGUGAAUGAAGAUGCAAAACAACAAGAACUUGCACGGAAAUGCUUUGCUGAAGCACAAGAACAUAUGGAUGCAUCCUCAGCCAAAGUGGUGGCAGAGAUGCUAUUCUGAAAAGGAAAGAUCACAGACAACUCUUUUAAUAGAUCUUCUGCUAAACCCUGAUGGUACUAGGAUUUCAUUGACCCAGGACAUCAAAGGAAGGAUUAUGUGACUGUUAAAACAAUCAGCUGACAGAAAUAUUUACCUUUUGUAUUUCUAGAGGCUCACUGUAACUGAGAACACAUGCACACAAAACAAACUACACACAUACGUGUUACUCUGGCUUUAGGUAAUUCUUUGAUACAGAAUUUUGGGAUUUAUCCUUGUACUUUGGUAAUACAAUUAUUCUGGUUUGCAGAUGCUAAAGAUUCUUGAUUUGAACAACUUCAUUAAUUUGGGCAUUCUGAAAAUGGAUGAAACUGUAUUGUGUACUUAAAAUUGUGUUUGUAACUUUUAUGUCAUAUUUAAAAAACCUUAAGAUAAAAUCAUCAGGGGCUGGGGCGGGGCUUGUAAGAUUAGAUAGAAGCAGAAAUAAACUGUGGAAAGUUAUCUGCCAUCAUCCUGGUGAUGGGAUGGGACUGAAGAAAAGGCAAAGGUCAUCAGAUGUUUUCUCUAUCAUGUUUAGGUUAAAUUUUACCAGAAAUUUCAGGCCUUCCACUUUCUGAAAGUGUUGUUCAUACCCCUGUGAUGCUUCUUUUGCAGUGAUAUGUAAAGUGUCUCUUCUUUCCUAAUCAAUGAACCUCUACAUUUUUAGAAGACAUCUUAAUUGUUCCUUUCAGAGAGUAAGAAUUUAAAUCACAAAAAUCUGUGAACUUAUUUCCCUUGUACCCUAUUGUUCUAUAUCAAAUCCUCUGGUAAAAAUAAAAUUUUUUUCAAGUA